CAGACGUGUCUGUGUGAGUCAGGCCAGCAUCACACCGCACGCACCGCGCAGCCGCCGUGUCCGUCCGCCGUGCAGCAGUGUCCUCGCCACAAUGGAGUUACGCAGGCCGCUGCUGUGGCUGUGGUGUGCAAGCUGCUUCUGUGUCGGCACCGUUUUGAUGACGGUGCGGGAUGGCUGUCCAGAAGAAUGCUCUGGAAAAAGCUAUGAAAUGUACGGCAGGACUGGGCAUAGGACCACCAUUCAUCUCCAACGCCUUCAUUGAGCGCGGACAGAUCCAGUUUGCCAAGGACGCGUGCAGAGACCGCACGCUGCAUGACGCAAUCUCCUGUCUGGAAAAAAUUCUGGAAGCGUGCCAGGGCAACAGCGACCGGGAACACUUCCUCCAGAAUAUGAUUGAUACGAAAAAGUCACGUGAUGUCGUGGACUUCUUCUGCUCAAACAUUCACGUGUAUGAAAGCCAUGCCCCGUGCAUCGCCAGCCGCCAUUCCGCUCUCACCCAAUGUCUGGAAUCGCAGCAGAAGACGAUGCAGACCAAGGUGAAGGCGACUUCCAACAUGGAUUUCCUCAUGACAUCCAACUGCAAAUAUUUUCAAGCGGCCGAUGUUUGUUCACGCCGUGUCCUGGGAGAAAAUUGUGGACAGGAGGCUCUUGGCAUGGUGGUUCGUGUCUUCUCGGGGUUCAAACCUCCAAUUUGUGACGUCAGUUCCGGCGGCGACUCGCAACCGGAUUACGAGGGCCAGCAGAGCGGAAAGAGACCAGUUACUGGACAAGGAACUUCCAAGUCCUCCAAAAACUUUUUCAGAUUACAUCUACUUUUACUUCUCUUGUUAUACAACGGGUUAACAAGAAAUAUUUGUUAAAAGUUUUAUACAAUCUGGAAUCACAUGAAUCCAGCCAAACGUUUUCACGUCCAUAAAUAAAUGUUCCGCCAAUGGCACUGUUGACACUCUCUAUAGACUUAUUCCUCUAAUGAAGUAAAAUUUCGCGAAUGGAGAUGUAAACAUUUACGAAAAAGACUAACAAAAAUAUGUCAUGAAGAAGACAUACCAAGCUGUAACAUACAUCUAUCAGAUCCCCGCCACAGUAAGCAGUAAUAGUUUAAUGAUAAAAUUAUGGGCUUUUUGUGGUGAAAACUUCUGAUGAGAAAAUACCUGCCGAUCUAGUGUCGGACAUUGUUCCAUAAUCUUUACAGUGAUGAAUAGUUAUAAAACUGCAUAUACAGUUUGGUGACUACUUUUGAUGAGAUAAAUCUUACCACGAGACAAAUAAAUUAUAACCUACCGAGGACCACCUCUUUCUGCAUCAUGACAAGCUCAGUUAAUCGUACAUCCCUAGUUCUUCAGGGAGAUAACUAAUACAAUUUACAGACCUAGAAAGUUUUCUUUCUUUUUUGAUCCUCGGCAAUUUACAUUGCUCGUUGACCAAUACUUAAUAUUUUAUGAUGACUUCACACGUUUAAAAAAUAAACCAAAGAACUUCUCGUUCAUUAAAAUAAAUGUUUUUUCCCAGUUUAUGUCUAAGAACAUUGUUUGAUGCACGUUGUAUUUUUAACCCCAACGCACUUGGGGAAAUUCGCACCUGGGGAGGUUGCAAAGGAGGAAGAUGUUUAUUGUUUACCUGACAGGGGCGGGAGGGAAGUUUACCGGAAGUUGCUGACAGGUGUGCAAUAAUUGCUAGGUUUGAAUAUGAAAGACUUUGCUUUUCCUUUUUUUUCUCUUUUUCUUUCCCUAGUGCUAGUGUACUGAGUGCUUUCAGCUGCUGCUAUCGUUGUUGUUGUUGUUGCUGAUCAUUGAUCAUUAUUUCUAAAUUAUGUUCUCAAGAUGACAGAUCAUUAUCUUUAAGCUGUUGUUUUCAGUGAUCACUGAUAUUAUUUAUCUUUACGCUUUUGUUUUCUCAAAUCAUUAUCUUGAAGUUGCUUUGUUUCCCCAUCAAUCAGUUUCAAAGGCCAGCAUCUGUCCGUUUCCCCUUUGACCUAAUGCAUUCCUUUGUAUACAGUCUACGAGUUUGGUUGACAGAGGAGGAUUUUAUUUUAUUUACUUUUUUGUUUAGCUUUUUUAAUGUCGGUCUUAAUUUAUAAGUUGAGACUUUACCCUUUGCUUUGUACAUCGAGAAGCUCAAAAGAAAUGUGCAGCUGCUAGAUUCUUCUUAGGAAUAAAGCUCACAUCACAACAAGUAUUUCAUUUGCUAAAGACAUUCAGCACUUCACUGCCACAAACUUAAUUCAAUGUCAAGUUUGGAUGUUUAAAUUUGUCAUGAGUGUUUAAGCUACUUACAUAGGAGGAAAGCUGGAAUACGAAUAAAAUAAAACUUUUACCUAUUUUCUUAUAAAAUCUUUUUUAUAAAAUAAUACAUUUUUCUUGGUUUGUAGGACAAUAUUCUCUUUAGUGUGAAUGUUAAAAAAUCUGACAUCAUAACACUGGGUAAUACUGUAAAGGUGAUAUUGCAGUUUUGUAUUUAUGACAUUCAUUGUUUUUUAUUUUCUUAUCAGUUUGUUUAUGAUUUGCUGAAUGAAAGUCUUAAUUGCUUUUAUAAAGUGUAAAAUUUAAUUAAAGAAAGAAUGUUUUCUGUA